GUAGCCAGUCGAUUUGUUUCUUCAUCAGAUUUAGAAAAUGCUAGACAAAAAAGAGAAGAAGAAUGGAAAGAAACCUAUAAAAGACUUGGACAGGAAGCACCACCUAUGCCAAAAGAAGAAUAUGAUGGUAGAUCAUUAUAUGAAAAAUUAAAAGAAACUAAAGAUAAGAAACAAGAAGCAUUUGAAGAACAAUUAAAAUUUAAAAAUCAGUUUAGAGCAUUAGAUGAUGAAGAAGUGGCAUUUUUAGAUGAUGCAGCUGAAGAACAACGGAUAGCUGAAUUAGAAAAAGAAAGAGCAAUUCAAGAAGAAAUGGCCCGAUUUAAAAAGUAA